AGUCUGUUCUCGGCCGUUACGCUUAACGGUUGUGUUAAUUGUCUGUGUGUGGUUGUCGCUGUCGUUGCUACUGUUCGCUGUUGUCAAUGAUACCUUGGAUAAAUUGCAUUUGCAUGUAUUUGAGCAAACUCAUCUUCCUGGUUGCUUGAUUUGUUUACAUUAAUUCAAUUAUCCACGCGCGCCUGUGAAAGUGUUGCCUUGACCGCCAGACAUCUAGGCAAAUUUAUGCUUGUAAUUGUAUUAGUGACCACUCGGUGUCCCUUAACAGUGUGUGUGUGUGUGUGUGUGUCAGUGUAGGAGUUUUUAUGCCAUUUGCAUCCGCUAAAGCAUAACAGAAAACUGCAUAGCUGUAAAGUUGCAAAAGAGAAGUGAAGAGAAGGGAGAUCUAAUUGGAAGCAGCAGCAGAAGCAGAAAAAAGAGGUUAAGGCCAAGACGACAUGGUCGUUAAGGAAAUGCCCCUCCACGAGAAUCUCAGCAUGGAGACUCGUCAUGGCAAUUCGCUGCCAAUGCCAGCCACAAGCAGUGGCACCACGCCCACAACCACAUUCACCAGCACCGGCAAGCGGUACAGCAUCUCAGUGACAACCGCCGCACUGUUGGCCUCCUUCUUCGUAUGCAGCCUGCUGGCCGUGGGCUUUAUUGUGUAUAAUUUUGCGACAUGCGCCGAACUGGAUGCUGGCGGAGACAUCGUUUGCACCAGCGUCCAUUUGCGUAACUCAAAGCAUUCGCAUGGCGCCGAAGAUGGUCCCAAAUACGAUCAGGAUGUUCGCCUGCCGCGCUCCAUCCAACCGAUUAAGUACAACAUCACCUUGGAGCCACAGAUGAGCGGCAACUUCACUUUCACGGGCAGCGUCCAAAUUCGUGUACUCGUCCUGGAGGAUUGCUAUAACAUUACCAUGCAUGCCGAGGAUUUGAACAUUACACGUAACGAUCUGGCCGUCUAUCGUACACUGGCCAAUGGGAACAUGGAUGAAUUGGUGCCGACUAGUCUGCGCAUUCGUAAACAUUAUCUGGUUGGAUCCAAACAGUUCUUUGUCAUUGAACUGUAUGAUAAAUUAAAAAGCGGUUCGGAAUAUGUGGUCCACAUUAGUUUUGCGGGCAUCAUAAAAGAUUCGUUGCAGGGAUUCUAUCGCAGCUCCUAUGAGGUGCACAAUGAGACCAGGUGGGUGGCCUCGACCCAGUUUCAAGCAACCGACGCCCGACGCGCUUUUCCUUGCUUCGAUGAGCCAGCACUCAAGGCCAACUUUACGAUGCACAUAGCACGUCCACGCCACCUGACCACCAUCUCCAAUAUGCCCAUCGUCUACAGCAAUAAUCACGAAACUUUACCCAAUUAUGUGUGGGAUCACUUUGCUGAAUCUGUGCCCAUGUCCACUUAUUUGGUGGCCUAUGCCAUAUCCGACUUUACGCACAUCUCGUCUGGCAACUUUUCCGUUUGGGCCCGUGCGGAUGCCAUUAAGUCUGCUGAGUAUGCGCUCAGUGUGGGUCCAAAGAUUCUGGAUUUUUUGCAGAGUUUCUUUGGCAUUGCGUUUCCGUUGCCCAAGAUCGAUAUGAUAGCGCUGCCCGAGUUCCAGGCGGGCGCAAUGGAGAACUGGGGCCUCAUCACAUUCCGGGAGACGGCGAUGCUGUUCGAUAAGGGUGUGGCCACGGCCAGCAAUAAGCAGCGUGUCGCCUCUGUGGUGGGUCACGAGCUGGCCCAUCAAUGGUUCGGUAAUCUCGUGACGCCCAGCUGGUGGUCGGACAUUUGGUUAAACGAAGGAUUCGCCAGCUACAUGGAGUAUCUGACAGCGAAUGCAGUGGCGCCCGAAUGGAAGCUGCUCGAUGAGUUUGUGGUGAAUGAACUGCAGACCGUAUUCCAGCUGGAUGCCCUGACCACAACGCACAAGAUCUCCCAAGAGGUUGGCAAUCCCCAGGAGAUAUUCGAAUUAUUUGAUCGCAUUUCGUAUGCUAAGGGAUCCACAGUUAUCCGCAUGAUGAGCCACUUCCUGACCGAUGCCGUUUUUCGCGGCGGUCUCAGCAAGUAUCUCAGCGAGAUGGCCUAUAAGUCGGCCACACAGGACGAUCUGUGGCGUUUCCUGACCGACGAGGCGAAGACAUCGGGUCUGCUGGAUAGCAGCACCAGCGUCAAGGCUAUCAUGGACACCUGGACACUGCAGGCUGGUUAUCCCAUGCUUAAGAUCUCGCGUCAUCCCAACUCGGAUGCAGUGCGUCUGGAGCAGGUGCGUUUCAGCUAUGGCAAUCGCAGCAAAUCGGACGAUCGCCCACUCUGGUGGAUACCCAUUACCUAUACCACCGAUACCGAGUUAAAUUUUGAGAACACUCGACCCACAACGUGGAUACCACGCACCAAAACCUACGAGCUGGAAAAUCGUUAUCUCUCCACGGCCAAGUGGUUCAUCUUCAACAUACAGCAGACGGGCUACUAUCGUGUCAAUUACGAUUUGGACAACUGGCGUGCGGUGACUCAACAUCUAAUGGAUGCUGCACACUUCACUCAAAUAGCGCCCGCAAAUCGCGCCCAGCUGAUCGAUGAUGUUAUGAAUUUGGCACGCGGCUACCAUUUAUCCUACGACACGGCCAUGAAUCUAACUCGCUAUCUGGCAUACGAGACGAAUCAUGUGCCGUGGAAGGCGGCCAACACUAACUUUAACUUUAUCGAUUCCAUGUUUGCCAACUCGGGCGACUACGAUCUGCUGAAGAACUAUCUGUUGAAACUGCUGCGCAAGGUGUACAACGAGGUGGAGGACAAGGAUUCGCAGGGCGACAACGAAAACAUUCCAAUGCUCUUGAAGCGCUCCGAGGUACUCAGCAUGGCCUGCCAUCUGGGCCAUCAGCCGUGCAUCUCUGAGAGCACCAAGCAAUUCCAGAACUGGGUGCAAUCGCCCAAUCCCGAUGCAUACAAUCCCAUUAAUCCAAAUAUGCGCGGCAUUGUUUACUGUGCGGCCAUACAAUACGGAACGGAGUACGAAUGGGACUUUACCUUCGAGCGAUAUUUGAAGACAUCAGUUCCUGCUGAAAAGGAACUGCUGCUUAACGGGCUGGGCUGCUCGAAAGAGCCUUGGCUGCUGCAUCGCUAUCUACGGCGUGGCAUUGCUGGUCAGCAUAUACGCAAGCAGGAUGUUUUCCGUGUAUUUGCCGCUGUCUCCAACACAGUGGUGGGUCAAAAGAUUGCCUUCGAUUAUCUACGCAACAACUGGCAGGAGAUAAACACUUACAUGGGCUCCCAGAUAUCCAACAUUCACACGCUGCUCAAGUUUGCCAGCAAGCGAAUGAACUCCAAGUUCCAAUUGGCCGAACUGGAGGAAUUUGUGCGCGAUUCACAUUGGGUAUACAAUAGAACCAUCCAGCAGAUUAUGGAACAGGUGGAAAUUAAUGUGGACUGGAUGAAUCGUAAUUACAAAUCGAUUGUCAAAUGGCUGCAACGAGAAGCUGGCACCACACAAACACAAACCACGUAGGGACAGACACAUUAUGAGCAACCACGUGGCUUGUGGAUGAAGCAGUAUUAGAUUUUGCAAGAGAAGCAAAUUUGAAUUCAUUAUUUUGUAGCAUGUGGCAAAACCAGUGCAUUUAUGUAUAUUUAUGUGUAUCAUUUAGAAUGUAUUUAUGUCGAGUGUUUCGCAUCAAGUCAAAAGCCAAAGAAGCCACUUAAGCUCUUGAAGCUAGAAUCUAUUCAAAAUGUACGGUCAUUUGUCCCGUCCGUGCAAAACUAAAAAAAAAAAAAAAAAAAAAAAAAAAAAAAAACUAAUGAAUCACCGUG